AUGACGGAGGGUCUGGAGUUGCCAUUUCAGUGGGAUGACGGCAACUUCAUCUCUCCGUUUGUCAGCAGCAGCGACGACGCCGUCGCAGCGCUUGCGGCGUGGAUGCACGACUCGCCGCUGUUGCCGCCGCACAAGGAUGCGCUGCGACUAACCGACCUUGGCUGCGGCGAUGGCCAGGCGCUAUUUGCGCUGAGCGCCAACCUCUUCUCGCUGCGUGGGGGCAGCAGUCACGGUGACGCUAGUCCACUCCAGCUGACGGUCGUUGGAUUGGAUCUUGACGAGACUCUCGUUAAUGCGGCACAGCAACGCGCUGGCUCCACCGUUGUUGUGCCGCCACAUCAACUUCGGUGCGUUUUCGAAUCCGUCGACGUGCGCCACUGCGAUGUGGAUCGUUACUU